AUGGCUCUGAAGCCCAACCUCGCGAGCCAAAUUGGCGCCACGCUCGCUGCCAUCGCGGAGCCUAAACCAUCCGAUCCCAUUUUGAACUGCGAUCUCGGGAGCGGUGAAGGCCUUCGUGCCCUACUGUUCAACACUCCCUCCAAAGCUCUUGAAAUUGCUGACGCUAAGCUACGUGUAUUUCCCUUCAGCGAUGUUCAAGAUUGCUGGCGCCGCCUGUUCACCGAUGCAUCCAUCGUCCAGGCAUGCUACCUUGUCAUCCAAGAGUGCAACCUGAGUGAGCUUCCCACCGAUGAGCUUGACCUCUCCCGACUGACCAAGGAGCUCCUCGAGCAUCUUGGCGAGUCGGACCAGGAUGCCCUAAUCGACAUUCGGUCUCCUUGGUUGACACAGGUCAUCCACACCCUUGAUAAGGCACUGAUCAUUUGCGGUGCGCCGAUGCGCGAGUUCACCAUCGACUCCCUGCUGUUGUCCCUCCAAGACGCUACCAACUGGGAGGUUGAGCUCAAGGACGAUCUCAUGGAACGCGACCAGCAUUCCACUAAGCGCAGAAGAUUCAUAUCACCCAUGUUCCCUCCGAACGCCCUCCCGGACCCUCGCCUUCAGUACCCGGUGCCCCGCGUGCAAGAGCAGUCCUUCGAGAACAUGGAGAAACACAUCCAGGAGACUCGCAUGCCUCUCAUCAUUGAGAAUGCCGUGAACCAUUGGCCUGCUAUGUCGACGCGUCCUUGGGGGUCCCAGGACUAUUGGUACAAGCGUACCUUUGGUGGCCGCCGCCUUGUUCCUAUCGAGAUCGGCAGGGACUACACCGACCCGGAAUGGGGACAGCAGUUCAUGCCGUUAAAUGAAUUCGUCAGACAUCACAUUUGGCAGGAUAACUCUCUCUGUGGCAGUGACGAAGAGGACAGUUCCGGCGUGACCCGACCCACUGGUUAUCUGGCUCAGCAUGACUUGCUUGCUCAGAUUCCUGCUCUACGAAAGGACAUUGCUAUUCCUGAGGCUUGCUUCAUUCCUCCCCCGGGCCCGGAGCCUGGUACGCCUGUGUAUCUGGCUCAGCAACGGAGCCGCGAAGAGGCCCAGGCUAAGGAAGCUGAGACAUCCCCCCAGUCGAAUGUGCCUCCCACCGAAGAUCCCCAGACUGAAGAUCUCCAGGAUUCUCAGGAAGCCCAUCAAGACGAUGGUAGCGCAUCGGAUACUUGCUCAUUGAUGGAUGUCCCUAAGGAUCCGAUUAUCAACACCUGGAUCGGCCCCGUGUCGACAAUUUCGCCUCUUCAUCAUGACCCUUACAACAACAUCCUCGUGCAGGUUGUUGGAACAAAGUACAUUCGCCUCUACUCUCCGCAGACCCCGGCAUCGAAAAUCCACCCUCGAGGCAAGGAAAUGGUGCCUUCCGGUGACCCAACCGAGGAAGACCCUAUCAAAAACGGCAAUCUGAUAGAUAUGUCCAACACAUCCGAGGUGGACAUCGCUGCUAUUGAGCUGUCCCCCGCUGAGGACUGGGAUGAGAAAUGGCCUGGUUUCCAGGACGCCGAGUAUGUCGAGGCUAUUUUGCAUGAGGGUGAAUGCCUGUACAUCCCCAUCGGAUGGUGGCAUUAUGUUCGUGGACUGCGCGCUGGUGUUAGCGUGAGCUUCUGGUGGAAAUGA